AUGGCCGAAAACGAUACAUCAGCAACUGAAAUCCAUGUUUACAAGCCUGAUGAACACGGAAACGCAAUAGUUAUCGAAGGGGAAAAACAUUCGACUAAUAAUGGAGAUCCCAACUCUUCGACUGUUUCGGAAAGUCAUCAUCAAAAAGAACAGAUUAUCAUUGAAAAUCCCAAUGAUCCUUUAUCAACUGUUACACAUCAUGUCGAAGAUAUUCACGUUAAAGUUGAAAAUGAAGCGUCAACAUCUGUGGCAAGCGUUGAAGACAAAGCCCAAGAAGUUAAAAACAAGACUAAUGAUGCAAUUGAUACAGCGAAAGAUACAGUACGAGAAGCGGCUAACGCAACAAGCGAAAAAGCUGUUGAAUUAAAAAAUGACGCGGUUGCUGCUGCACAAACAGUUGAAGAUAAAUCUGCUGAAGUAGCAAAUAAUGUUCAAGAAAAAGCAACCGAACUCAAAGACGAUGCUUCGGCUGCUGCUCAUACAGCUGCAGACAAAGCUGCUGAAGUUGCACACGAUGUUCAAGAUAAAGCAGCUGUUGUUGCUCAAGACGCAAAAGAAACAGCCAAAGAAGUCGCACAGGAUGUUCAAGAUAAAGCUACUGAAUUGAAACAAGAUGCGAUUGCGACGGCUCAUGCAGCUGAAGACAAGGUUGCAGAAGCAGCUCAUGCUGUACAAGACAAAGCUACGGAAUUAAAACACGAUGCUGCUGCCGCCGCCCAUGUUGCUGAAGACAAAGCUGCUGAAGCCGCAAACGUGGUCCAAGAUAAAGCUGUCGAAUUGAAAGAUAAUGCCGUUGAUGCUGCUCAUAUAGCAGAAGAUAAAGCUGCAGAAGCUGCCCACACUGUUCAAGAUAAAGCCGUAGAGUUAAAGGACAAUACGCUUGCUGCUGCUCAUGUCGUAGAAGAAAAAGCUGCAGAAGCAGCUAACAAUGCUCAAGAAAAAGCCGUAGAAUUGAAAGACAGUGUAGUUGCUGCCGCCCACGUUGCACAGGAAAAAGCAAGUGAAAUUAUUACUAGUACAAAAGAUGCACUUAUUUCUGGUGAAAAAGUCGUGGAAGAAAAACUAGUUGCUGCUAAAGAUACAGUGUUAGAAAAAUCGAGUGGACUAGUCGAAAGUGUUACAAAUACAGCUCAUGAUGUCAGUGUAAAAGCACAAGCAUUAGAAAAAUCUGCAGAAGAAAAGUUGCAUGCAGCUGGUCAAAUCGGUGGACAAAAAUUAGAAGAUACAAAACAAUGGCUCAGUGAAAAAGGAUCUGAAGCAAAAGCCAAAGGUGUUGAAAUUCUUGGUGCUACACAACAGGUGUUAGCAACAGGCGCUGCCAUCGUCACCGAAAAAGCUAAACAUGGUGUCGAACUCGCAUCCGAAGCUGCUUCAACCGUUAAAACAGCUACUGAAAACUUAGCUGCUGAUGCUUCUGCUAAAGUUGCCGAAACUGCUCACAAUGCCCAAGCUAAAGCCAGUGAAUUAUUAUCUACAGCUGGUACUAAAGCGGCUGCUGCAGCCGAUGUUAUUGCAACAAAAACAGUCGAAGCAAAGGACACCACCGUUUCAGCUGCACAAACUGCUGCAGUAACAGUGCAGGAAAAAACAAGCAACCUCGUGGAUUCUACCAAACAAGUUUUAACAUCAUCAUCGGCUCCUACUCCAACUGUCGUACCUGGUAGUACAAGUCAUGUUUCUCAAGAAGCAUAUAUUACUGAAACAUCUGGUCAAACAGUGCACGGACCAGAACCAGUUCUUACUGAACAAGCCGCGUCGAGUACAACGAAAGCUAGUAAAGGUGGUCCGAUCAACGCAAUACGUAAUUUCUUCAGUCGAAUAUUCAGUCCAUCAUCUCGACAAGAACGUCGCAAAGCAAAUACAACUUCUGCUGCUCAAGCAACAGAAACAACGACCACCAGUGUGACGACAACAACGACAACAGUUGCAACAAGCAAUCCUCGAGUACAAUCCUAA